UUUUAAAACCAGGAUCAAAAUGUCAACAGAGAGAAGAAACGCGCAAUAAAGUAGCAUCAAAUGACUUUGAACUUUGCCUCAUCGAUAGCAUUUCUUCUAACUUGAUUUGUAAAGAAUGUGAAUGAUGAACCGGAAUAUGGAUCAUUUUAGCACACUUAUCGCCGUGGUGUCAGGUGUAACUGUGUUGUAUCUCUUUCACUCAGUCUUUUACGCUUCUCACAUCUCAUUUAAUAAAACUUGCACAGUCUUUGACUCCCAGAAGCAUUUGCCAGGUUCAGUUUACCUCAUGACCAGAUACAUUUAUGAAUCUCUCCGCAAAAAACGAGGAACAAUGAGGAAAAACAAAGACACAAAUGACGAGCUUGUUUUCACUUUGAUCAACUGCAGGUAUGAUGCGGUAUCUUUGAGGAGGUUCUGCAGUGUUUCAGGUUAUGGUUGGGACUAUCCUGACAGUGUCUUCAGAGACGUUCCCUUGUGCUACCCUGAGUUUCUCUUCACCAGACUUCUCACUAUGAUUGUGUGCUCAGAGAGAUUCAAACUAAGCCCUUUGGGUCUGUUGAGUGUCUGUGAGAGUUUGAGUCUGAGCGAUGCCUUGGAUGAGCUGAAGAGAGGGACGUUCUCCCUGCAGGCCAGAGUGCUGGAGUACAGGACUGUUAGUGCUGGAGUGGAGGUGGAUCUCGCGUUAACUGCAUCUAGAGAUCAGCAGACCGUUUGGAGCAGCACACUGACUCUACUCUCUCCUAACAAUACAUACAGACCUGAUGCUCAGCCUGACUUGGAGAUCACCCACGAUCCAGUCUCAGAGAGAUGCAUCAGCCUGGUUGUUCCUUGGUCCACAGGUGUGCGGAGCACCUGGGUGUAUGGUGACCUUUGCCCUCUGCCUGUGUUUGUUUGGCUGGGAUUUACCCGUCCCACCAUACACCCGCUGUGGAUGUUCUCCAGGUGCAUGGCAGAAAUGGAGAAACACAAAGGAGUUGAAGUGGUGAGAGCUCCUCUGACUGUGUCAGUCUGUUACAAACAGCCUGUGUCUUUACCGAAGAAAGUCAACAUCAGAGUCAGUGAAAACACUAGUGUAACUUUAAGCACAGCAUCAUUUUCAUUGGAGGAUCACAGAACCAGGACACUGUACCUCUCAGGACAGAUAAAACGACAGACAAGCGAGAAAGCAGAAUGAUGGUGAUGUAAUCCUGACAGAAAGGAUACUAAGCACUCAACGGCAGGGGUGUCAGACAGGGUUAUGGUGGAACUGAGUAACAGAGGCCAUCACAAACAGUGAUCUUAGCCUGAAACCUAAAAUACAAGGGCCCUAGGAAAUGACGCUCCUAUUUAAUGGUGCCAUAGUAUACGAUGAUGAUAUUUGAAAUGUCUACUUUAAAGACAAUUAAGGGGACUUAUCAUAGAGAACAGGAAUCCUCUUGCUCUAUUGAACUGAAGGAAUCAAUGUCCUGUGUAGACAGACUCAGGUCACAACACUUGCUCCUCAGUCCACUCUUACAGAUACUGUAUAAUAAUUCACAUAUAAAUUCAUAUUCUUUAUUCAGGAACUUGACCCACUCUGAUGAGCUACAGCAGAGGUUAGUCAAUCGUAACAUCAGCCAUUUACACACAGAAGCCUUAAAUAUACAGAAUCAAAUCUGCCUGAUUAUUCCUAAGGAUUGGAGAGAGGUUUGAAAAUGGUCAUAUAUGACUAAAUAAAAGGUAAACAUGAAUUUAAAAAAUGCUACAAAAUUGUUAAAUAUUU